CGUCGAUUUACGUGUGAAUCCAUCCGUCGUAGGGUAGUUGGAGGUAUCCAACAAGUCAUCUAUUCCUGACUAGCUCAGAGGAUAGUUUGAGAAAACCUUAGUUCAAGUGCCGGGGUAGAGACCCAUACACCAAUAAUGAUUAAUUGGCUGUCAUGAUUAAAUGUGUCCCUUGGCAUAUAUGUACAGACUGUCUUCUACAACAGUGACUGAUUCGUCUCAUUCAAGGAGUUAGGUAGUUCGCGGGGAAUCCCAUUAUGCUCCCCUCCCGAGGGAGGCAUGCUAAUCAUAACAGCAGAUCAAGACAGCAACAACAUGCAAAGGCCGAAAGAAGGCCUGCGCAACAUCCCUCUUCCCCCGACGCUUGAUUGCUCUGUUGCAUACGUCCCGGGGGAACUUGUUGAACCGGCAUCGGGGCCGGGUACUGCAUCGACUGUGGUGGUGGGCCUUGUGGUGGAUAAGCUGGCCCUUGAGGAUAUCCAUAGGAUGCAGCUGGCUGGGGCGCUUGGGGAGGAGGUCCCGCGUAAAAUUUCGGCGGGGGGCCAGGUGGAGGCUGAUAUUGACGUUCAUUUUCGGCCAUGUUCGCUUAGGUUGUGAAUGAGUGACAAGCUUUUUUAGAGUCCGAGGGGCUUUCAGGCUCCAGACAAUGCGGAUAGCUGCUGAUCUUCACUGGACGGGGGAUGUCGUGCAAGAAAUGAAAAGAAACCAUGCUUCAGGAAUUAUCU